UUCUUUUUUAAAAAACCGCUGCGUUUGUUCACAGAAAAACCAAAAUUAUCUUCUAAACGUUUACAUAUUUGUACAGUUAAAUCUAGCCAUUCUCAAAAAAUAAUGGAAGAUAAGGAAGAAAUUUGCCAAAUAUGCAAAGCAGUAGAAUCCAAGUAUUGCUGCCCGAGGUGUAACAUUUUGUAUUGCUCGCUCACCUGUUAUAGAUCGCAACAGCACAGCCAAUGUUCCGAGACUUUUUACAGGGAAAAUGUUACACAGGAAAUGGCUCUAGAUAGGGACGACUACGAAUCCAGUUCGAAGCGUUCGGUUCUAGAAAUUCUGCAACGAUUACAAAACGUCAACGACGGUGAAGCGCUAGAUUCCGAUGGAUCAAGUGGUCUGUUCGAAGGUGAUCAAUGCGAUGAGGCCGAUUCUGACGACGGAGAAGAGGUACCCGAUCUAGUCGAAAGAUUAGCUGAUAUUGAUUUGAAUAACGCCGAUGAUGUUUGGGCUCGGCUCACCGAUGAAGAACGGAUGGAGUUUCAGGGUUUGCUGGAAACUGGUAACUUGAGUCAAAUACUCCCACAAACGAAGCCUUGGUGGUCGCUAGAUUAUAAAAUAAAUCUGGUGAAACCAACAAGUGACGAAAAUUUUUCAGUGGGUGAAGAAGAUCUUUUCACAAAUUGUCCUGCGCUUAAAAAAACUAUUAAAGACUUUUCUGAGAUGAGCAGCAAAGCUCCUUCGCAUUGUACUAAAAAUAAUUUGAUAAAUAUUUUAGCUGCAUAUUGUUUCACGUUUCGUUAUUUUAACGGUGAUUUCGAGGGCUGCUGGGCAGAAAUAGCAAACUGCUUGGUUUCGAUCAGCGGAAAUUUGAAGAGCAAUACCGUUUAUGAGUCAGAAUCUAUGGCAAUUGAAUCGGUGUGUCAUGAAUGCCGACAGCAGCAAAUGCCUGCAGACGAACAAGCGAGUAAACUUCUACAACACGAUGUUAGAAAAAUCCUCCGUGGACCGCAAGGAUGUGGUGAAAAUUACAGGAAACAUUUCCUACUUGCUGCUUUAUCGAAUGUGCAUCAAAUUUUUGGACAAGCUAAGUCAAAACUUCCGAAGAAGGAUUCUCAAAAAGGAGAGUUCAGCAAGAGGUAUAGUGAUGAAAAUCGAGCGGAAACACAAAAUUACUCGGAACCUGCAAAGUUGAGACUUUAUUCGAAGAAAAUAGAAUAUUUGUUGUCAUAUGUAAAAUGUCACAUGUGA